UAAUGUAGAGUAGGCGGGGAAGUGCCCAUAGAUUUGAAUUCAAACGAGUUAUUCCACGCAAUUGCUGAGGAGUUCUAAGUGAUCUAGGUUUCUGGACUUGGCUGUCAGCAUGUCCUUUCCUAAGGCGCCCCUGAAAAGAUUCAAUGACCCUUCCGGUUGUGCUCCAUCUCCAGGUGCUUAUGAUGUUAUCACAUCGGAGGUAUCUAAAGGACCAGUAUCCUUUCAGAAAUCACAAAGAUUUAAAAAACAAAAAGAAUCUCAACAAAAUCUUAAUGUUGACAAAGAUACUACCUUGCCUGCUUCGGCGAAGAAGGCUAAGGCUUUGGAGUUAAAGAAGGAGUCUCAGAAGAAUGAUAAAGAUUUGAAGAGAUUAGAAAAAGAGAUUCGUGUCCUUGUGCAGGAACGUGGCGUUCAGGAUAAGCGAAUCCAGAAUAUGGAGACUGAGUUGGAGAAGAUGGAGGCAAAGUUAAAUGCUGCAGUCAGGGAAAAGACAUCCCUCUCUGCUAGUAAUGCUUCACUGGAAAAACAGCUUAUUGAAUUAACCAGGACUAACGAACUGCUGAAAUCUAAGUUUUCUGACGAUGGUAACCAGAAGAAUAUGAGGAUUCUAAGCCUGGAAUUGAUGAAACUUAGAAACAAAAGAGAAACAAAAAUGAAGAGUAUGAUGGCGAAGCAGGAAAGCAUGGAGAUGAAGCUGCAGGUCACUCAGAGGAACUUCCAGGAGUCUCAGGGCAAGAUAGCGGAACUUGAGGGGAAACUUGUUUCAAUAGAGAAAGAAAAGAUUGAUGAGAAGUCUGAAACAGAAAAACUCUUAGAAUACAUUGAAGAAAUUAGCUGUGCAUCAGAUCAAGUGGAAAAAUGUAAGCUAGAUAUUGCCCACUUAGAAGAAAAUUUGAAGGAGAAGAAUCAAGAAAUUUUAAGCCUUAAACAAUCUCUCGAGAAAAGUGUUCUGUUAUCUAAACAAGUAGAAGAACUGACUGCUAAAUGUCAGCUGCUUGGAGCAGAAAAAGAAGACCUUAUCAACAGGAGUAGAGAAAAGGAUGAAAAUCUAAAUGCCGAGAUGCAAAACUUAAAAGAGGAGCUUAUUCUUGAAAGACAAGAACAUGAAAGGCUACAGCAAAAACAACUGCAGACUGAGUCACUUCUCCAUCAAGAGAAGGAAUUAUCUUCUAGUUUUCAGCAGAAGCUAUUUUCUUUUCAAGAGGAAAUGAUUAAAGAAAGGAAUCUCUGUGCAGAAGAAUUAAAGCUGGCACUGGAGGAAUUAGAUACAGUACAGCAAAAGGAGGAACAGUCGGAAAACCUUGUCAAGCAGCUGGAAGAGGAAACAAAAACUAGAGCUGAAGCGCUGAGACUCCUAGAACAACAGCUGAAAGAGAAAGAAGCUGAAUUGGAGAAGAAUCAUACUGCUCACAUUCAGGCUACCCUGAUUUUGCAAGAAAAGUAUAAUAGUACAGUGCAAAACCUCGGAGAUGUUACUGCUGAAUUUGAAAGCUAUAAAGCAUUAAUAAUUAGUGAGAUAAAUGAUCUUAAGCUGGAGAAUGCAUCACUACAGGAAAAAGUGGCCGACGCCGAAAAAAACACAGAGGAUGUCCAACAUAAAAUAUUGAAAACUGAGAGCACAAAUCAAGAAUAUGAGAGGAUGCUUCAAGAUCUGCAGAACAAAUCAGCUCUGAAAGAAGCAGAAAUUGAAGAAGUCACAGUUUCUUCUCUUAAAAACAUAACUGAUUUGCAGAACCAACUCAGACAACGAGAUGAAGACUUGAGGAGACAAAAAGAAGAGGAAGAAGCAAGAAAAGCUGAGAAAGAAAAUAUACUGGCCGAAUUAACUGGGGAAGUUAAUAAAUGGCGUGUCCUUUAUGAAGAACUGUAUAAUAAAACAAAACCUUUCCAGCAACAACUGGAUGCCUUUGAAGCAGAGAAACUGGCCUUACUUAAUGAACAUGGCGCAACUCAGGAACAGCUAAAUAAAAUAAGAGAUUCGUAUGCUGAGUUACUGGGUCAUCAGAAUCUAAAGCAAAAAAUCAAGCAUGUUGUGAAACUGAAAGAUGAAAAUAGCCAACUCAAAUCGGAAGUGUCAAAACUCCGAUCUCAGCUUGCUAAAAAGAAACAAAGUGAGAUAAAACUUCAGGAGGAACUGAAUAAAGUUCUGGGUGUCAAACGCUUUGAUCCUUCAAAGGCUUUUCAACAUGAAUGUAAAGAAAAUGUUGGCCUCCAAACCCCACUGAAAGAAGGUAAAAAGGGAAUACACGUGUAGAACUGUCAUCUUCCUCUGGAUUUGCUUUCACAACAGCAGCUUACCUUCUGAUGAACUGUGAAAAUGGGUUGAUACCUUCUGGUAUGAAAGACAUUCUUCCUGAAAUUGAUGUUUGCAGUGCCUUUUUCCAGCCUCCACAGUCUUCUACAGACCCAGAUCCCUCCUGUCCUUCCCCCCACUCAGAUUACAUCCCCUCUUUACCUUGUGUGACUGUUUUGCUCCUACCUUCACCCUGCACCGUAAAUUAUUCCCUAUAUAAAACUUAUAUUUUAACCUAAA